CGCUUUCGGUGACGGCCCCGAGGACCCGGAGCACUAAGAGGGCGGACCACAGAGGUUGUCUGAAGGCCGAAACCAAGAUGGCGGCGCUGGCGGCUUCUGGCCCGCUCUGUGUCCGGAUCCUUGGCCUGCGCUCCGGUGUGGGUGUGGCUGUGCAGGCGCAAUGCAUCCAUCAGAGCCAGGCCACCGAGGGCCCGGGCAGCACCCAGCCUGCUGUGCCCAAGGUUGGAGCCGUGGUCCCAAAGCCCCCCACACUCCCGACGAGCCGCGGCGAGUAUGUGGUGGCCAAGCUGGAUGACCUCGUCAACUGGGCCCGCCGGAGCUCUCUCUGGCCCAUGACCUUCGGCCUGGCCUGCUGCGCCGUGGAGAUGAUGCACAUGGCUGCACCCCGCUACGACAUGGACCGCUUCGGCGUGGUCUUCCGUGCCAGCCCGCGCCAGGCCGACGUGAUGAUCGUGGCUGGCACGCUCACCAACAAGAUGGCCCCGGCGCUCCGUAAGGUCUACGACCAGAUGCCAGAGCCACGCUACGUCGUGUCCAUGGGGAGCUGUGCCAACGGAGGAGGUUACUACCACUAUUCCUACUCUGUCGUGAGGGGCUGUGACCGCAUCGUGCCUGUGGACAUCUAUGUGCCAGGCUGCCCACCCACGGCUGAGGCCCUGCUCUACGGCAUCCUGCAGCUGCAGCGAAAAAUCAAGAGGGAGAAGAGACUCAGGAUCUGGUACCGCCGGUAGUGCCCACAGCCACACUGCAGUCCUGACCCACUGGCACCUCUGGAGCGGCCCGAGAUUGUGAAUAAACCGAGACUGUAAAUAGA